CGCCGAAAGAGGUACGGAGCAAGAAGGAAGACGUACAGAGGAGAAUGGUAGUGGGGGGAGCUGUGCGUGCCACGGCUGGGGCCAUUUGCAUGUACUGGGCUGUCUCUAUCACGCUCAUCUUUGCCAACAAGGUCCUCAUGUCGUCGGCGGAGUACUCCAUUCCGGCGCCACUGUUUGUCACCUGGGUCCAGUGCGUGGAGACGGUGGCCAUUUUGUGGGCGCUGGGCAUGGCCAAGGAGGCACGUCCGGACCUCCCGUUCCUGGCCCAGUUUCCUUCCCCGCGGGUUGAUUCAGCCACCCUCCAGGCCGUCGCCCCGCUCUCGGUCGUCUUUGUCGUCAUGAUCGCUGCCAACAACGUGACGCUGAUGAACAUCCCCGUCUCGUUCUACAACGUCGCCAAGGCGCUCUCUGUCGUCUUUAACGUGGUGCUCGGGUACUACGUCCUUGGCUCGGUCGUCUCGUGGCGGGUUCUUGCCACGCUUGGCGUUGUUGUCAUGGGCUUCCUUGUCGGCACAACUGGCGACGUCCAGCUCGACAUGAUGGGCACUCUGUUUGGCGUCCUCUCGUCGGCCAUGUCGCCGCUCAACUCGAUCAUGACUAAGAAGGUGCUUCCGCUGGUUGGUGAGGACAAGUGGGUGCUCUCGUUGUAUAACAACGUCAAUGCCUCGCUCCUCUUCAUCCCGCUCAUGAUCAUCUUUGGCGAGGUUGACACCCUCCGCAGUCACACACACAUUCUGUCCUCGCCGCAUUACUGGGUCAUCAUGCUCGCCUCGGGCGUCCUCGGCUUUGCCAUCGGCAUUGUCAUUGUCAUGGUCAUCAAGCACACCUCACCGCUGACCUUUUGCCUUGUCGGAGUCCUCAAGAACUCUAUCCAGACCGUUCUCGGUGUUUAUUUCUACGGCACAAUCAUGUCCUCCGGUGCCGUUCUCUCGGUCGUCCUUGUCCUCGUCGGCUCACUGCUCUACACAUAUGUGCGCUCGAGCGAGUCGGCCAACGAGGCCGACGUUGUCAAAACCGUCAACGGCUCCGAUGACGACGAUGACGAGUGCCAGGCGUAGUGCUGCAGGGACGGGCAGAACAGGGAGAGCGUAAUGAAAAGGGAUGCGCGA